GGAAAUAGCGCUAUGAAUAUUGUUGCAUUGUGGGAUUUGUGUGCUUUCCUUUUGCAAUCAUGGCGGAUGCGUUUGGAGACGAUUUGUUCAGCGUGUUUGAGGAAGAUCAAACAAUUUCUAGUCAAAAGAAAAUCGCUAUAUCCGAUAGGGGGAAAGCAACCAGUAAAAAUGGCAAAGGAGUAAAAGAAUCUGCAGCCUCAACCAAGCGGGAAGCUGAUACCGAUGGGACAGACGAGGUGGUGUUUGAGAAAAAGGCAAAACUGGAGACUGUCUCUACAGAGGAGAUCAAUCUUGCGGACUGCAUGCCUAAAGUAAAGGUGGAACCGGUUGAGACAGUGGAAGGAUGCAAUCACGAGGUGGCCCUACCAGCCAAUGAGGAGUACACGCCACUGAAGCCUCGUGUGGGGAAAGCUGCCAAGGAGUACCCCUUCAUUCUGGAUCCCUUCCAACGCGAGGCCAUUCUGUGUAUCGACAACAACCAGUCAGUGCUGGUGUCCGCCCACACCUCUGCAGGAAAGACCGUCUGUGCAGAGUACGCCAUAGCUCUGGCGCUGAGGGAGAAACAGCGUGUGAUCUUCACCAGUCCCAUCAAGGCCCUGAGUAACCAGAAGUACAGAGAGAUGUAUGAAGAGUUCCAGGAUGUGGGCCUGAUGACUGGCGACGUCACCAUCAACCCCACGGCCUCCUGCCUCGUCAUGACCACUGAGAUCCUGAGGAGCAUGUUGUACCGUGGGUCUGAGGUCAUGAGGGAGGUGGCCUGGGUAAUCUUCGACGAGAUCCACUACAUGAGGGACGCGGAGCGUGGGGUGGUGUGGGAGGAGACCAUCAUCCUGCUUCCCGACAACGUCCACUACGUCUUCCUGUCCGCCACCAUCCCGAACGCCAAGCAGUUUGCUGAGUGGAUCUGCCACCUCCACAAACAGCCCUGUCACGUGGUCUACACGGACUACCGGCCCACUCCCCUGCAGCAUUACAUCUUCCCAGCAGGGGGCGACGGACUUCACCUUGUGGUGGAUGAGAACGGAGAGUUCAGGGAGGACAACUUCAACACGGCUAUGCAGGUGCUGAGAGACACCGGUGACUCUGGAGGCAGCGGAGGGGGCAAGUGGGACCCCAAGGGACGAAAAGGGGGAACCCGAGGGCCAUCGAAUGUGUUUAAGAUCGUGAAGAUGAUCAUGGAGCGGAACUUCCAGCCUGUCAUUAUCUUCAGCUUCAGUAAAAAGGAGUGUGAGGCCUACGCUCUGCAGGUGUCCAAGCUCGACUUCAACACAGAUGAUGAGAAGAAGCUUGUGGAGGAGGUGUUCAACAAUGCGAUAGACUGUCUGUCAGACGACGACAAGAAGCUCCCCCAGGUGGAGCAUGUCCUGCCUCUGCUGAAGAGAGGUAUAGGCAUUCAUCACGGAGGACUGCUCCCCAUCCUGAAAGAAACCAUCGAGAUCCUCUUCUCUGAGGGGCUGAUCAAGGCCUUGUUCGCCACGGAGACCUUUGCCAUGGGCAUCAACAUGCCCGCCCGCACCGUCCUGUUCACCAGCGCGCGCAAGUUUGACGGCAAAGACUUCCGCUGGAUCACCUCGGGUGAGUACAUCCAGAUGUCUGGUCGAGCCGGCAGGAGGGGGAUGGAUGAGAGGGGAAUCGUCAUCUUCAUGGUGGAUGAGAAGAUGAGUCCUGCGGUGGGGAAACAGCUGCUGAAGGGCUCAGCUGACCCUCUAAACAGUGCGUUCCAUCUCACCUACAACAUGGUUCUCAACCUGCUGCGUGUUGAGGAGAUCAACCCUGAGUACAUGCUGGAGAAGUCCUUUUACCAGUUCCAGCACUACAGGGCUGUGCCUGGUGUCGUAGAGAAGAUGGCCAAGCUGGAAGACAUGUAUAAUGCCGUAGAGAUUCCCAACGAGGAAAGCGUGGUCACCUACUACAAGAUCCGCCAACAGCUGGCUAAACUGUCCAAGGAGAUCGAAGAGUUCAUCCGCAGGCCCAAAUACUGCCUUCCUUUCCUACAGCCAGGCAGACUGGUGAAGGUCAAAAAUGAAGAUGCUGACUUCGGAUGGGGUGUAGUUGUUAAUUUCUCCAAGAAGUCUAAUGUGAAGGCCAGUACAGGGGAUUCGGACCCUCUUUACGUAGUGGAGGUCCUGGUCCACUGCAGUAAGGAGAGUGUGAAGAACGCUGCGACUGAGUCAGCCAGACCUGCCGUACCUGGGGAGAAAGGAGAAAUGCAGGUGGUUCCUGUGAUGCUCCACCUCCUGACCUCCAUCAGUUCCGUUCGUCUCUACAUCCCCAAGGACCUGAGGCCUUAUGACAACAGACAAAGCAUGUUGAAAUCCAUACAGGAGGUGCAGAAGAGGUUCCCAGACGGCGUUCCCCUGCUGGACCCCAUCGAUGACAUGGGCAUCAAAGACCCGGCCCUGAAGAAGGUCGUCCAGAAGGUGGAGGCGUUCGAACACAGGAUGUACUCCCACCCCAUGCACUCCGACCCCAGCCUGGAAGCAGUCUACUCCCUUUGCGAGAGGAAAGCCCAGAUUGCGGCAGAAAUUAAAGGGGCCAAGCGGGAGCUGAAGAAGGCUCGGACCGUUCUGCAGAUGGACGAGCUCAAAUGCAGAAAGCGUGUCCUGAGGCGUCUCGGCUUCGCCACUUCUUCUGAUGUCAUUGAGAUGAAAGGCAGAGUAGCUUGUGAGAUCAGCAGUGCCGACGAGCUGCUGCUGACUGAGAUGGUGUUCAAUGGCCUGUUCAAUGAUCUGACGGCUGAGCAGGCCACUGCUCUGCUCAGCGUCUUCGUUUUCCAGGAGAACGCCAGUGAGAUGCCCAAGCUGACCGAGCAGCUGGCUGGACCGCUGAGACAGAUGCAGGAGUGUGCAAAGCGCAUUGCCAAGGUGUCUGCUGAGGCGAAGCUGGAGGUGGACGAGGAGACUUACCUGGACAAAUUCAGGCCUCACCUGAUGGAUGUGGUCUACACCUGGGCAAACGGAUCCACCUUUGCACAGAUCUGCAAGAUGACAGAUGUCUUUGAAGGGAGUAUCAUCCGCUGCAUGCGUCGCCUGGAGGAGCUGCUUCGCCAGAUGUGUCAGGCAGCCAAGGCAAUUGGGAACACUGAGCUGGAGAACAAGUUUGCAGUUGGUAUUACCAAAAUCAAGAGAGAUAUUGUAUUUGCUGCUAGUCUGUAUUUGUGAUUUCUUCCAUGUGAGACCAUGAUCGACAUUGUAAGAAUAAUAUCUUUGUCAAAGUGAGACCUGCAUCUGUUGGUUUUGAGUGUAUCAAGUCUUCAGUGUCUUUCUGUCAUGACAACAUCCAGAGGAAUAUCACAAACUUUUAUUUGCGUUCAUGUUAAUAAGCAUAGAAUGGCUUCUUUUCGUUGUUCCAAAAAGCUCAAAACAUUUGUACAUAGUUUUAACAAUUUUAAUAAAAAAAAAAA